AUGGCAAGAGCCAACAACAAAUACACGUCCAUCAACUACAACCACAUCCUCCAGAAAGAUGCUCCUUCUUCCUCCUCCCCCGCUUCUUAUUCCUCCGUCGCUCGUUCCAAUGGCCGUAUGCUCGUUCUCACUAAACCUUCCCCCAAGCCUCUGAGACCUCCCUCCGCUGCCGCCACCACCACGACGCCUCCUCCGCUCUCCUUAGCUCCGAGGAUUCCGGAUCAAGCCGUCUCUGAUCCAGAUCCGGACCAGAUCUCUCUUCGUCCCUUAGGCCAUACAGGACCUGGCUCAUCGCUUUCAUGUGCAGCUCGGACUCAGGAAAUCGACAAGUUCCAAGGGGUGCUUGCCCCGGCUCCGAUUUCUGUGUCCUCCAACCCGAAUCCGAAUCGGUUCGUGCCGCCGCAUCUUAGGCCAGGUUUUGUUCGGAAAGAUGAGAAACUUGAACUCGACUCUUCUCGAGUCAGAGAUCCGAAUCCGAGUCAGAGAUCGCCUUACCAGGAACAGCCGCGACAGGGACAUUUCGGAUAUGGACAGCCGGGACGGCCCAAAUCGGGCGGGUAUGAGAGGAUCCGGACGGAUCCGAGAUCGACCGGAAACCGACCCGGUACCUCCGGAUGGUAUUCUCAUUGCUCUCCCCUAAGUCAUAUGAUCCAUAGUGUUUAG